AAGGCAAGGGUCACCCUCCAGAUAUACAGACAGGGUGGUCAACUAGUGUUUGUGAUCAAGCAAAGUCUAACUUAGCUAUUGUGAUAAACUUGUUCCUAAAAGAGAAAAUCAUGUUUUAGCCCGCAGGAAUGAAAAUUGUCAUAAACGGUGGAAAAAUAUUAUUGUAAUAGUUGUAUAUUAUAAUUGUUGUGGAGAAGAUUUUUACCUGUGAUAAAGUUGUGGUAUAAUACAGGAGUAAUCGUUACAUAAAUUAUUGCCAUAGUGUGUGAAAUACUACUGGUCGCUUUAAUAAAAUCUUACAGGUGAAUGGUAUGGACAAAUCAACUCCCCGUUUUAAAUCUUUUUCAUAGUUAAGUUAAACAGGCUCAUAAAAGGAAAUGCAGGACUUCAAAUAAUUUCAUACUUAUCUAAAGUAAGUAACUUCAAGUGGAUGAUAUUGAGCUACCAGGUUAAUCAGUGAAAUAGAGACCUUUGUGUUAGUUAGGGCUCAGGUCACCUGACCAAAAGAGAGAGAGAAAAAAGCUGAUAGAUCAUACUUAGUGGAUUUUUAUACAAAAAAGUAUUUGGUUUACUUGGCUGUAAUAUUGUAAGCAAUUUGAUCUUAUAUACUACAACACCUGGAUUUAAUUAAGAAGAGGGAGAUUACACAGGUAUUAAUUGGAUGGGCAGUUCAUUGGACUGAGAGAGAGAAUACACAUAGGCAGUGAAACAAUACUGAUUUUUUACACAUUUUAUUUGCCAGAUGGAAACUUGAGAAAGUGCUUUCUCUUUUUAUAAUGAUCAGAAAGAUAUAUAUUUAUAUUUUACGCUAGCUGGAGUAAUUCCUCAGGUGUUGGGAGAAGUGUGCAAAUACCUGGUACGUCAAUUACCAAAGUUUUCAUACCAUAGGAUCGCGUGAAGAGUCAGAGACGGUAUGCAACUAUCACAUCAAGGAUGUGCAACAUUGAAUAGUUUUUAAGUCAGAAAACAUCUGUUUAGUUUGGGGCUUGGAGAUAAGAGAGAUUGUAAGAGGAGGCUGGCAUUAUCCAAAUUAUAGAAACAGUAACUAACUGUAGCUUAGUCAGAGAUCAGUAAUGAGGAAUUAAACUGCUUCACAAAUUUGGGAUAUUUGUAUUUCUAUUAAGAAUUUUGGAUAAAUAUAUUUUGAAAAUUUUACUGGUUUGGAUAGUUAUCAACUAAAAUGUACAGUAAAAGGUGAAAUUCAUUGAUUCAGUGUAUAUUAAUUUAUAAAGGAAUUAUUUUGCAAUUGAUUAACGUUAUGUAAAAAUUGACAUUCAUGAGAUUGAGAAAGAGUUGUUAAUGUUUAUGGGAUUAUGAUACUCUUUUUGGAAGACGAAAAUGACAUCCAGAUAGAUAUUUCUUUGACAGACAAGGAUCUAGAUAUUGUUUUGGAUUUAUUUCCAGACAAUGGACUUCAUUAUCUUAAAAGUCAAUGGCCAAGAUCUUUCACAGUCAAGUCACGACGAAGCAGUCGAAGCAUUCAGAACAGCCAAAGAACCUAUAGUUGUAGAGGUUUUACGAAGGGAAAAUAAAAAUAAAAUGAAAUCACGAACUCCUACUAUGGUAUCCAUAGGAACACAAACAGAAGAAGAAAUAUAUGGAUUUAUUCGACCUCCAACUCCUCCCAUGUAUGGAAUAAAUUCAAAUCUAUUAUGUCAACCAGCUUCACGUAGACCUGUUGCAUUUUCUCCUAGUGCUGAAAUGGGAUUAACAGACAUUGAAAUGGCACAUGGAUUGGAAUAUGAUGAUGCUUAUUUUGAAGAACGACCAUAUGAAAUUGAAUAUGAGGAAGUUGUUCUUCAUCGGUCAUCCAGCAGUGAGAAACUGGGACUGACACUAUGUUAUGGUUCUUUAGAAGAUGAAGUUACAGAUAUAUUUAUAAGUGAGGUUGAGUCAUGUAGUGUAGCUGCUCAAGAUGGUAGAAUACGAGAAGGGGAUCAAAUUCUUCAGAUAAAUGGCAUUGAUGUACACAGUCGGGACCAAGCUAUUAAAUUAUUUUCUGAGAGAACAUCAGACAUCACACUACUGUUAGCUAGGCCUGCAGUGCAGAUGGACGAUGGCUUUAUAGAAGACCAGAAUGUUUUAGAACAGUUGCGAAUGGAUUUUCUAGAAAAGCAUCACCAUGACAAUAUGCAAAUCAUGGCCUCAAUGUUGGCCAGGGGACAUUUACUGGAUGAAGAAGGUGGAACUACAGACACAGCCACAACAGAAAAUUCCCUGCAUAAACAUGAAAAAGACAGUGGUGUUGGACGAACUGAUGAAAGUACCAAAAAUGAUGAAAGCUCGGAAUUGGAUGCCUUUGACACAGAAUGUACCAAUUCACCAGCUGCAACCUCAAAGUUUCGUCAAGGCAGAGGAGAAUAUCAUCGCAGUGAUGAAAGUUUCUUGUCACAUGACAUAACAGAUCAAGAGAUUAAUGUAAAUGACAUUUCUAAAGAUGAAUGUGAUAAAUUUCGGGAGGUACUUGUUCAAAGAUGUGAUAGUAAAAGUGCCAAUAAUUCUCCUAAAAAGGGUUCAUCUCGUAAGAACUCUGUGAGCAGUCUUGAACGAGAAAUUGAGUAUGUAAAUCGUGAAAUGGAAAACAUUCAGAUUGAAUGUCAAGAUAUGUAUGACAAUCAUAUAGGAGAGGAUUCAAAUAUAAAUCAUAUAUAUGAAACAUUACCUUCUAGAAGUCCACGGGUUGUCCCACGUAUGGGAACACGACUUGAAUAUGUCAAAAAUGUGCAAUCAAACAAUUCUGGUGAUUCGUGGAAUCAGAGUCCUGUUAAAAAACAACAAAAGGCUUUCUCAGAAGCUUCGACAACAAGUGCUUAUAAUACUGGAGAAAGUUGUCGCAGCACACCUCUGACUUUAGAACUGAAUCAAGUAUCAGACGACAGUGAGAAAGGAUUUAAAAACUCUAUGCUAUGUUUAGCUUCUACAACUACUACAACACCUAUAGCCUCCACUAGUGACACAGAGAAACAAACACAAACUCCAUGUCAGACCAAAGAAAGUUCUAGUGAAGAAUUAAAUGCUUUAUCAGCCAAAAAUAAUAAUGAAAAUAAAAACUUGUCAAAGGAUCAAAAACCAAUGGGUGAAUCUCUUCAGGAUCUUUAUAUGUCAUACGCAGAUGUUAUGUAUACAAAUGAAGCUAACUUACAGCAUACUAUUGCUAUUCAACAAAAGCUCUUUCAACAACAAAUGGAGACAAAGUGUCGGAGAAAGAAUUCAUCUCGCCCAUCCUCUCACAGUAGUGUGGUAUCUCUCCAGCAAAAUAAGAAUGAAAAUGUUCAACUUAAAACAGAUAAUCUGCAACAACAAAGUCCUAACUGCACACCUCCGGAUAGUAGUGGACAAAUGGAAUGGGUUGUGAAAAGACGUCCUGAUGGUUCUCGCUAUAUUACUAGAAGACCUGUCAGAAAUAAAAUGUUGAAAGAAAGAGCUAAAAAGAUAUCUGAAGAGCGUUGUGGAAUGACAACAGAUGAUGACGCAAUGAGUGAAAUGAAACAUGGACGGUAUUGGUCGAAAGAAGACAGAAAACGUCAUUUUGAAAAAGCAAAGGAUCAUAAAAAGAAAAGAGAAAUGAUGAUGAAAGCCAAAAUGGAGACUUUAAAAGAACAUGAUGAAAAGAAAGAAGUUAACAUUUUAGAACUAAGUCAUAGGAAAAUGAUGAAGAAUAAAGGUAGAAAAGUAUUUGAUGAUUUUAUGACAAUUCAAGAAAUGCUUGCACAUGGAAGUCGGCAUACUGAAGGAAAAACCUACAAUCCUUUGUUGUCGGUGACAACUGUCUAAUUCUAGAACAGUGAUGUUGAAAACUUUUCUGUAUGAAUUGGUGUUGUGAUUUUGCAUCAAGUAAUGUUGCCUGUUCAGAAACAAAAACAAUUGUAAAAGAGAUGGUAUUACUUUUUUUCAUCAAAGUGACAAAAUGUAUGAAUAUUACUUUGUAAUACCUCUUUGAGUGUUCAGUCAUAAUGUGCUCCUUAGAUUUUGGAGGGAAAAGUGGGGGGAAGAUAUUUAUAUAAUUGGUCAACUAGAUGUUUAGUGUAAUUUUACUAGCCAUCUUGUUAGACUGAAGUCCAUAUUUUGCAUUUAAUUGUAAAAUCAGUGCUAAUCCAUUGUGAUAUUGAAUGCCUUAUUUUAUAUUGUGUAUUUUAUCAAAUAACGAGUUUGUUUUGUAUAUUUUGAAAUUGGUGAAUCAGUAAGGACAGAUGUAAAUGAAAAUGUUUUUUGUGGAACUGAGAAAAUAUGAUGUCCUUAUAGUUCACAUGUUUUACAUAUUGUGGGAAAUAGUAUUAAAUUAUUAAAUUAAUUUCCUAUAUAUAAUCAUUUUUAUGAUUAAAACUCUGAUGGUCAUUAUUAUUUGACUUCAAUUGCAUGACACUAAGUUUAUUCUAGUCAUUCAAACAGUAAUAGAUGAAUUAUUUGCAUUGUGCAUUUUUCUUUUCAACUUUCAUCACAUGUCAUGGUGCUGCAGUAUUAGGUCACAUGAUUUAUAAAGGUAUGAAUUUUUUAUUACAUACUUAAAUAUGUGUCUGUAUUUGUGGUUGUAAAGUCAAUAACUUUUUAUAAUAAUACACAUGUACCAGUAAACACAUCUAAAGGUUUCUAACCAGUAAAUACUGGCAGUACUUGUCUUAUAUUGUAACCUUGAAGUCCAUUUUUGUGACAUUCUUUUUUUGGCAAAGGUUAUGUCCUUUUUAAAAUUAUCAUAUCAUAUCACUAGGUACAAACACAUUUGUGAAGUCAUUUGACGUUUAUCUGAUACCACAUUUGUUCAAGACAUUUAGAUGUACAAUAUACUGCACUUCUAAUUUGGUGUCUUUUUUUACCAGAAAUUAGGUCCCUUGAACUCAACUCUUUCGUUUAUGACCAGUUUGGGGGAAUAAUAAUAUAUCGUUAACGUCUUUCAUGCAUUAUAUCCUCUUUAAGUCUUUAUGAUAGUGAACAUAAACAUGUUUAAUAUUUCUAGGGGAAUGUGAGGAUGAAUUUAGCUACAAAAUCUGAAUUGUGCUUUUAAAUAAUUUGACAAAUGCCGAUAUGUAUACUGAUGUAAAAAAUUAAUAAUUUAUAGAAAGUUUGCAAUAUUGUGGCCUUGUACAGUGCAGUGACCAUUAUUUAUAUAUAUAUGUUUGAGUGUAAAGAAGAGGUUAUUGUAAGAGUCAGCUUGCAACACUUUUUGUGUGAUUAAGAGAUAUAUCACAUGGAAAGAUAAUAUUGUACAAUUCAAUUCUUAUUUUUGUACAAAUCUAGGAGUUGUUUACCUUCUAAUACAACCUUGAAACAAGUUGGUUAAAUUUUUUUAAGUAAAAGCAUAUAAUUAUAUCAUGUUUUUGACUUAAAUUGGUCCAAGAUGUUGUCAUCGCUUUGAUGUCCAUCACUUAAUCUUAGAAAUUUUCAUAUUUUACUGAAGCUUGGAUUUCCUCAUAAACAUGGACAAUGGGAGAUAACUCUAUAAUUUUAGGAUGAACAUUUAAAUUAUUUUAUUUGAACAAACCUGUUUGUAUAAAUCAGAGCUUGAUAGUAAAAAUUUCAUUCAAUUUUUAUAGUAAAAAUAAAUAUUUCAUUUAUCUUUUUGAAUAUUACAGGUGUAACAAUUUGAAGUUUAUAAUUUUCAUGAAGGUUGUUUUAAUUCAGCAUAUCAUGAGAAACACCACCUUAAAUCCAGAAAUUGAUUUUUUUCUAAUGAAUCCAGGUUUGAUUGAGAUCCUCCAAUUAGUGACAGUUUUGUUAAGAUAUAAACACUGUUAUGGGGUUGUGUCUCUUUACAAAUUAAAAGAACAAAUUAUGACAUAUAAUACUGGGAGCAUCUGUUGUCUGUUCUAAAUCUCAACUCCUUGUCCCAGUUGUGAUGCCAAUGUUAAAAUGUUGUACUGUGUGAAGACAAUUUUAUAUUGAAUAUUAGUAAAAUGUAUUGCUGAUUGCAAAAUGUAUUGUUACAGAAUGGUACUAUAAUUCACAACUCAUUAAUUAUUUUGAAAGACAUGUUCAAAUUUUUCACUUUAGCACUAAUGUUCAAAUUUUGAAAAGAAAGGUUGUAUUAGAGAGGUUGGUAGCAUUUCAUUGUAUAAAAUAUGUCAGCUAAAAUUGUUGCAUUGGCACCCUAAAAAGUGAUAUUGAAUAAAUAAUUUAUACUGGU